CCCUGACACCAAAUUUCCCUUGCCAACAUUUCUCUUCUUGGGGCGUUGGGCAAGUAUGUGUCCAUUUGCGCCUGCGAUCUCGGUCAAAUGCAGGGAGCGAUGCGAUUUCAAUUGACUCGAGGUGGGGCUGGAGGGCUCAAGGUUACACAUCGCAUCACUCCUGCAUGAAAUCAUUGACAUGUGGGUUAUCAAACCUUCACCAGCAGGAAGAGGAUGAACCUGCAUUUUGCAGGAUGAGAGGAAUGGGCUGUCUGUGGCUUGACUAAUGAAAUCACUGGGCUUCAACGGCUUUAUUGGUUGCUCUGUCGCUCUCAAAUCACUCUCUUGAGCAGAGGUCGCAUCCAGUGGAUUUGACGUCAUUUUGGCUUCACGGGUGACGACGAUUGCAACCCGUCUAACAAUCCCUCACAAGCCUCAUCACAUACUUCAAAUGAGCCCAACCUAACCAAAAACUGCAAGAGACCGAUCUAUAGUCAAACUGGGUUCCUGAACAAUCAUGGCGCCCAACGGUGUCGAUCCAGCCAUUCUCGAGGCCCUGAAGCUCGACCCUGGCACGGCCAAGAUGACAACGCACGGCGGCUCCGGCUUCGCAUCGACGUUCAAGCUCGCCGGGACAGCGACCGGCGGGGAUGGGAAGCAGGAGCAAAGGGCCUUUUUUAUAAAGACGGGCAGCGGCGCCGACGCGCAGGUCAUGUUCCGCGGCGAGCACGCCUCGCUCAACGCCAUUCACGACGCCGUCCCGGGCUUCUGUCCGCGGUCGCACGCGUACGGCGCCAUGGCCGGGUCGCCGGGCAAAUUCUUUCUCGCGACCGACUUCCUGGACCUCAGCGGCAGCGGCGGCGGGGCGGAUGGCACGUCGCUGGCGGCCAAGCUGGCCGAGCUGCACACGACACCCGCGCCGCAGGCGGCCGCGGAAGACGGGACGCCGCAGCAGGCCAUGUUCGGUUUCACCGUGCCGACGUGCUGCGGCUCGACGGCACAGGAGAACGGCUGGCGCGGGUCGUGGGCCGACUUUUACGCCGACAACCGCCUGCGCGCCAUCGCAAGGGCCGGGACGCGCGCCAACGGGGCCGACGCGGAGCUCGAGCGGGCCGUCGAGGCCACCGCGGCGAGGGUCGUGCCGCGCCUGCUGGGCGACGGGCACCUGCGCGGCGUCGUCCCUGUCGUGUGCCACGGGGACCUCUGGAGCGGGAACCACGGCGUCGGCAGGAUCGUGGGCGGGCCCGGGCAUGGGCGGCCAGAGGAGGUGGUGUUUGACCCGUCUUCGGUCUACGGGCAUUCCGAGUACGACCUGGGCAUCAUGAGGAUGUUUGGCGGGUUUGGAGCGGCGUUCUGGAAAGAUUACGGGGAGCUCGUCCCAAAGUCGGAACCCGUGGAGGAGUUCGAGGACAGGGUCGCUCUUUACGAACUGUACCAUCAUCUAAACCACUUUGCUAUCUUCGGCGGAGGCUAUAGGGGAGGCGCCAUGUCCAUCAUGAAGAGGCUGUUAUCAAAGUAUAGCUGAGGAUUGUGAAUGGUCGUUGGACAGCCAAUGGACAGUGGAAGGACAGAGCUGAAGGGACAAUAGCACGAAAUCUCAGCUUCCGUGAACAGUCACCAUGUCUGCUACACGUAUUUUCUUUGUCAAUGAGAGCCAAUGGUUCGGCCAUGCACUCUGCGCAUUCUUUGCCCC